UGUGACAGAUCUGUCUUAACCUGCGCGAUUCUCGUUUUUUUUUUUUCUAGAAAACAGUGUAAUCACAUUCAAAUCGGUGAGGUGUGGGGUUAAACUAAAUAUUUUUACGAAAUUUUACUGCAUUAAAGGAGAAACUUCAAAUAUGAGCGAAAUUUCUUGCUGGGAGGAUAUAGAAAAUGACGAAUUCUUUAAACAACUGUUAGACGCCGAUUCUAAAAAGACCGGUGUCGGUCAGUUACUGUCAGUGGCGCAACAAUUGAACAAGCUAGGACAAGCUAUUGAGGUGUUAAAUGCCGAGCUGCAAAAACAAGUACUUGCGAACCAUGAAAAUCUGCUGUCUCAGGCAGUGUGGGUUGAGAAAUUGGAAGGAGUGCUUUUUAUAAUGCAAUCUCACAUACAGAGUCUUUUAUCAGCUGUUGAGCGACUACGUGGAAAAAUUAUUGAGCCAUUUAAUAGAAUUGAAAUGCAGACUAUUGUUUUAGCAAGACUUCAUGAAACUUCUGAUCUUCUUAGAAGAGUUGCUAGAAUGCAACAUCUGUCUAAACGUUUGAAUUCUCAGAUGAAUAGCAUCACUCAAGGACCUGAUAUUGUUAAAGCCGCCAAUAGUUUGCAUGAACUUGAACAGUUAAUGGCAGACACAGAUCUUAAUGGUUUGGAUAUAGUGGCAGAUGAUCAACAAGCUAUAAAAGCUCAAAGAGCUACGGUGCAAAGAAUAGCCACUCACACAUUAACGCAAGGAUUACAAGCAAUGGACAGAACAAAGGUGAGCACAGCUGUACAAGUCUUUCAAAACUUAGGAAUAAUACAAGGAGCUGUGGACACAAGCAUAGAAUCCACUCUAGCUGAGAUAGAGAGAAUUUCUACGGAAUCGUUAGACGUGUCUCUGGCGACAAAUCAGGAGUUUGGAAAGCGCGGAGCGCCCGGCAGAGCCGCGAUUCCAUCACCCGGAUCGUCGGGAAAUUUACGCACGAGAAUCUGGGAAAAUCUCGAACGUCUCUUCCAAGAUACUUUAUAUACGCAAUGUUUGCAGGUCGAAUUACUGCAAAGAGUGCUGUUGGAACAUCAUGCCAAAGGAUUUGACGAUUUGUCUGAAAAAUUUUGGGACAAAGUGAACGCUCUUCUCGCUAAAGUUUUGGUCGAACGUGCUCAAGGUUCGUCAUUUGUGAAACAGGCUUUGGAAGGUGAAUACCCGAAAUUUCUGAGAAUAUUUUUGGACUUGAGCAAACGUUUGAAAGAGAGGUCUCACAGCAUCGGAAUCUACGGCAUUGAACGUAACGUUUUAUUGCCGUUCGAAAACGCAUAUUUAUCGCGUUCGGUAUCUCGGCUUCUGGAUCCAGUGCACAAUAUGUUUUCCGGAGAAGGUCUGCCGACGCACGACGAGAUCGACAGUCUCAUUCGUACAAUUACGAACGAACUGAGCGUAUCGUUGGUGGACGAUGGUCUCUCGACUGUGGUGUCGCGUAACGUGGGAAAGGCAAUCAGAUUGUUCUGCCUGAAGUGCGAGCAAAGUAUGGUGACGGGUGCCGAGGCCAGUCAAGUGAUCGACAGUCCUACCGCCGGUCAACAGAGAAACAUCACGCUCGCUAAUCUACUGUACUACCUUACCAGCCAAACAAACCGCGUGAUAGCCAACCUGGCGGGAGGAUUGCCGUCCGAGGGUAGUGUUGUAAUCACCACGGCGCUCAAAGAGACAGACGCGUUAACAAGGAAUCUGCUUAUACCGUUGUUGACUUCUAUCAAUAACGCAAUCGAGAGUAUUAUCUUGACCAUGCACGAUGAUGCUGAAUUUAGAGACGCAAGUAGUCCGUUAGGAAAAGAGAUUGGUUGCUCUCUUUACAUGCGCGAACUGCAAGGUUUCAUCUUACGUUCUGUAAACACGUUUUUGUUACCGUACAAGAAUCAAGUGGUUGUGGCCGAAAGUUGCAAAGCCGUCGCGUCACGAUGUAUAGAGCUGUUCGUGCGUCACGCUUGCUUAUUGCGACCCCUGACUGAUUUUGGAAGGGCAAAACUUUUGGUAGAUUUCGCUCAGAUGGAGGUAGCUGUAACACCGCUGUGUCGCGGCGGCCUCGAGCAACAGCAAUAUAGAACGUUGCGCGCGCUCAAAACUCUGCUUCCCCUCAAACCCGAGGAGAUGGCCGACAAGAUCUUGGAGGGAAAAGGAGAAAGCAGCGUGCCACCGUCGCUCGUUUUGUUGCAUUUAUUUUCCGGCGCACCACCCGAACUAGCGUCACCGCAUCAGAGCGCCGGGUGGUCCGUAAAACGCUUGUCACAAUGGAUGGACAGUCACCCGAGCGAGAGGGACAGAUUAACGCUCUGCAGCGGACCGCUGGAACGUUACCAGUUAACGGUGCGACAGCAAAAUCUUUUGUCAUUCCACCCGUUAUUCCCGCACAUGAUGAAAUUAGUUAACUUGAAAGAACAUUCCGGUCAAUAAAAUGUACAAUUAGGUAUUUAAAAUUUGUAUAUACAAU